AUGUCUUCCUCAAGUUUUUCACCAGCAGCCCCACCAGUCUUCAAUGGAGAAGGCUUCCAUAUAUGGCUGGUCAAGAUGAAAACUUACCUGCAGGCCUUUGAUCUGUGGGAAGUUGUCAACACAGAUGCUGAGCCAGCACCACUGAGGGCCAAUCCCACAGUAGCUCAGAUUAGGCAACAUGCUGAUGAGAGGACCAAAAGGCACAAAGCCAUGUCCUGCAUCCAGAAUUGUGUGUCAGAUGUCAUCUUCACCAGAAUUAUGGCCUGUGAGACUCCAAAACAGGCAUGGGACAAGCUUAAGGAGGAGUUUCAAGGCACUGAAAGGACAAGGCAACAACAGCUGUUGAACUUGAGAAGGGAUUUCGAGAAUCUGAAGAUGAAGGAAGAAGAAACAGUGAAGCAGUAUGUAGAUAGAAUCAUAGCAGUGGUUAACAGCAUAAGGCUCCUAGGUGAGCACUUUGAUGAGGCAAGAAUUGUGGAAAAAGUCCUCUCCACUUUGCCUGAGAGAUAUGAAGCUAAGAUAUCCUCCUUAGAGGACUCAAGAGAUCUUACUAGCAUCUCUUGGACUGAGCUAAUUAAUACCUUCUAUGCUCAGGAACAAAGGAGAGCUAGCAGAGCUGAAGAUCACCAGGAAGGUGCAUUUCAAGCCAAGGCCAGAGAAGCCCCAAGCACAAAUGCUCAAAGAGGCAAAAAGCCUUGGAGAAGCAGGCCUAAGCCUGAUGUUGCAAGGAGCAAUGACUAG